AUGGCUCCUCCUCCUCCUCCCCUCCUCCGGCUACCGCUGCUGGCGGUGCUGCUGCUGUCUUCACUCGCUUGGGCGGUGCUCGCCGCGCCAAGGUGCAACACCGCCGACAAGCGCGCCCUCCUCCAGCUCAAGAAGGGCCUCGGCGACCCCUACACAAUCAUCACAUGGGUCGCCGGCACCGACUGCUGCCGCAGCUGGUAUGCCACGGAGUGCGACCCUUCCACCGGCCGCGUCACCGCCGUCGUCAUCCUCGGCAUGGAGACCGCUGGGCCCCUCCCGCUCCCGCCGUCCAUCGGUGACCUCCCCUACCUGGAGAAACUCAUCAUACGCAAGUCCGCUAACCUCACCGGUCCCCUCCCGACGGAGAUCGCCAAGCUCACCCGCCUGAAGAUGCUGUGGAUGGACUGGAACGGCCUCACCGGCCCAGUCCCGGCCUUCCUCGGCCGCCUUGCCAAGCUGGAGUACAUCAACCUCUCCUUCAAUAAACUCUCCGGCGCCAUCCCGCCUUCCCUGGGCGACCUCCCCCAGCUGGGGGCGCUCUUCCUCGACCGGAACCAGCUCACCGGAGCCAUCCCGGAGGCCCUCGGCAAGCUCCGGCAACCGGAUCUCUACAUCCGGCUGAGCCACAACAACCUCACCGGCGCUAUCCCACAGUCCUUCGGGCGGCUGAACAUCACGACGAUCGAUCUGUCGAGGAACCAGCUCACCGGGGACGCCUCGGUGCUUUUCGCCGGGAGCGGGAAAUGGACGUCCAUCGACCUCAGCCGGAACCUGCUGGAGUUCGACCUGUCCAAGGCGGCGGCCAUCCCCAACAUCUACUCCGUGGACCUCAACCACAAUCGGAUCUACGGGAAGAUCCCGCCGGAGCUGAACAAGCUGGAGAACCUGAGCUUCUUCAACGUCAGCUACAACCGCCUCUGCGGCCAGAUUCCCCAGGGCGGGCCGCUGUCGAGCCUCACCCAGUAUGAGUUCUUCCACAACCGGUGCCUCUGUGGGAAGCCCCUCCCUCCCUGCAACUGA